UAAAUACCUUAGAGCGGAGGAGCAGGUCGUGUGAUCUGCUCGCGCAUUGUUCUCGCUCCGUUGACGCUGCAGUGUCGCCGCUUCAGAGAUGGGGAAAUCGUAUCCGGCAGUGAGCGAGGAGUACAAGGCCGCGGUCGCUAAGGCCAAGAGGAAGCUGCGCGGCUUCAUCGCCGAGAAGAACUGCGCCCCGCUCAUGCUCCGGCUCGCAUGGCAUUCAGCUGGGACGUACGAUGUGGUGUCGAAGACUGGGGGACCGUUCGGGACCAUGAGGUUCUCGGCGGAACUUGCCCACGGUGCCAAUAAUGGGCUCGACAUCGCCGUCAGGCUUUUGGAGCCUAUCAAGGAGCAGUUCCCCACUUUGUCGUAUGCCGAUUUCUACCAGCUUGCUGGAGUCGUUGCCGUGGAAGUCACCGGAGGACCUGAGGUUCCGUUCCAUCCAGGGAGGGAGGACAAGCCAGAGCCACCAGUCGAAGGCCGACUUCCUGAUGCUACCAAGGGUUCUGAUCACCUUAGGGAUGUAUUUGGUCACAUGGGUCUCAGCGAUCAGGAUAUUGUUGCACUAUCCGGGGGUCACACAUUGGGAAGGUGCCACAAGGAGAGAUCCGGCUUUGAAGGGGCUUGGACAGCCAAUCCCCUCAUUUUUGAUAACUCAUACUUCAAGGAACUCCUGUGUGGAGAGAAGGAAGACCUUCUUCAGCUGCCUUCUGACAAGGCUCUCUUAUCAGACCCUGUUUUCCGCCCUCUUGUCGAAAAAUAUGCUGCAGAUGAGGAUGCUUUCUUCGCUGAUUAUGCAGAAGCUCACUUGAAGCUUUCAGAAUUGGGGUUUGCUGAGGCUUGAGGAACGAACAUGGUUUCGAGUAGAAGAAUCAGAGGCAUUUUGCAAUAAGAUUUUGUGGCAUUAGGUUACUGCCGUUUUCUCCAUUAUAUGCCGAUGUCAUUGUCAGUGAACCUUUCCAUUUGAUAAUCUGAUGACCAUUUAUGAAUUCUA